AUGUUGAAGAAAGUGAACUCUUCGAAACUAAAGUUAUAUAUAGGCAAAUAUUCUGUGCGUAAUACUUGGCAUGCCUCAAAGCUCUGGAUUAACCCGGAUCUUCCUCAAGCUGUUGAUUUUAAGUCCAUAUUGGCAAGUGUGAAUGAAGCUAACUCUUCCAGGACCAGUCAAAUACCUUCUCAGCGUAGUUAUUCGGUUUCUGAUGAGUUAGCUACUGGAACUGUAGAAGUUAAAACUAUUAGAGAAUUGGUCGACUGCAUGGAGAUGGUGAAAGCAUCUCCUGGAACUCCACUGUUUUGGAUUUUCGUCGUCAAAGAUGGAAAUAAUAGUUACAACCAGCAAGUGACGUACAAACUUCAAGUCCAAGUAAUGGAUCGCACUGGUUUUAUAUCUUUGUUGCUUUGGGAUCUUGAAGCAACAAACCUCAUUGGGAAGUCUGCUAAUGAGUUAAAUGAAAGUUCAAUUGAGACUUCUGGUGCUGUUGAUGAUUCUUAUCCAGUGGAGUUGUAUGAUAUUCUUGACAAAAAACUCCUGUUUAAAGUGACUGUUAAGAGCUCCAACAUUAAAGUUCAUGCGGAAGUUUAUAAUGUUAUUAAGAUCAGCGAUGACGAUAACCUUAUACAACAAUAUAGCCAAUCUCCACAAGAUGAUACAUUCACUGACCCUGAUUUUGAGUGUGAACAACACACUGAUGCAAACACAACUUUCAAGGAUUCAAUGGCUGAUAAUGAGAUGACUUCUCCUGCAAAGACCCCUGCUAAAAGAAGUAGAGAAGAAGAUGGGUCAUCUGGAGUAGAUGUCGGUGGUAAACUUGCACAAUUUGCAAGUAACAAGGUUAAAAAAAGUGAUCAAAAAGGAGAAAAAUCUAUGAAUUGA